CCUAGGGUCUCACCUCAAGCCACGUCAAGCCCAGGCCAAUUUCACACGCCUUAAGCACACCUUGGGCCCAGCCUCCCCAGCCCCGGGGCGGGGAGACAGGUGUACUUCCGCCCGCCACAGGAGCACGCUCAUGGCCGGGCCCUGUAGUGCAAGCCGCCGCCGGCGCCAGGAUGAGCCUGACCCCGGUGCCCCGGUCCCCGCGGCCCGGCCUGGCUGCGCCCCACGCAGGUCCGCCGACGAUGUCUCCUGUAGUGGAGCUGAACGUGGGGGGUGAGUUCUACACCACCACUGUGGGCACCCUGAGAAAACUCCCUGGCUCAAAGCUGGCAGAGAUGUUCUCCAGUUCAGCCAAGGCCUGCAUGGAUUCGGAGGGCCGCUUCUUCAUCGAUCGCUCAGGCACCUAUUUUGGACCUAUCCUCGACUUCCUGCGGAGUGGGCAGCUGCCCACUCAGCAUAUCCCAGAGGUGUACCGGGAAGCUCAGUUCUACGAAAUAAAGCCUUUGGUCAAGCUCCUGGAGGAUACUCCGAAGAUUUUUGGAGAGCAGGUGGCUCGAAAGCAAUUCUUGCUGCGGGUUCCAGGCUACAGCGAGAACCUGGAGCUCAUGGUGCGCCUGGCACGCGCUGAGGCCAUGGCGGCACGCAGCUCCACUGUGCUGGUGUGUGUGAUUCGCAACGAAGAGGAUGCUGUACAUUGCAUGGACGCUCUGCGAACCCUGGAGGAGGCAAACAAGAAGUCGGUGGUCAAGUUUGGUCCCUGGAAGGCAGCCCCAGACAUCAGUGACCUCCUGGACUGUGUGAAGAUGGACAUUGAGGCCCAGGGGUACCAGGUAUCUUAUAAGCGCUACCCAUACAGGGGCAAGGCGGCCAAUUACUUCUACACAUUCCUCUUUACCUGGUGGUGAUCCCUGGGAGUGUGUGUGUGGGGGGGUCUGCUCGCUAUGGGUUCCCAUGGGGUUUGUGAAAUUAAAAGUUUCCAUGAAAAGCCAUCUUCCUUUUAUUACGAAAACAAACAGAACGUCCAACUUGGCCUUCUAGAAUUCUUGCCCCCAAAUAUUUAUUUCCAUCUUGAAGACUUUCCACUCAUUACAACUGACCCCACUGUACUUGUGUAUAGAGGUGAAGGUGAACCCUUUUCAAAGCAUCAUGUACCUGACAAAGCCUUCUUUUGAAAUUGAGUAGCAAGGCUGAGAUAAAUUAGAAUGUUUCAACAAUGCUUUGGCAGAAGAUGGGAGAUGACAACAGGGAAAUAACACAGGAUACUAUGAAUCUAGGUAGUUUGGCCUAAGAAUGUAGUCUGUGCAGCCUCAGCUUGUAGCUCCUGGUGUGUGCCUUCAUGAAGAAAAUGCCAAAUUAGUACCUGUAGUCGAUGCUGCUCAAACACCUUUUACCAGAUUCUGUGAGUGUUGGCUGCUAGAGUUUCACAACUAUCUUCUCUAAAGCAGUGGUUCUCAAAGUGUGGUCCCUGAAUCAGCAGCCUUAGUGUCACCUGGCAACUUUUUGGAAAUACAAGUUCUCAGGCCCACCUCAGACCAUUGAAUCAGAAACUCUGGAGAUGAGCCCAGAAACCUGUUUUAAUAAGCCCUCCAAGUUAUUCUGACGCAUUCUAAUUUUGAGACUGACUGCUCGAAUUGUCCUCAGCCUGCAGGAGUUAACUUCUUUGCAUGGAGGUAUAAAAGUUUGGCCCCUUGCCUCAAGAGGAACCAACGCUGGUGCAUUUCCACUCCUGGAGCUCCUCAUGAAUCAGGUUUCCUGUCUAACAGGGUGGCCAACCAUCUCAGUUUGUCCUGGGUUUCCUGGGACACAGAUUCCAGUACCAAAACUAGGAAGGUUCCAGGAAAACUGGAUGAGUUGGCCACUGUACUGCUUACCCAUGUUUCUCCCACUUUGAGUUUACUUUUUGUUUCUAGAAAGCCCUUACCUAGUGACAGAUCCUAGAAAUAACCUGCCACUCAGGAGAAACUCAUGUACCUGCAAGAACCUGGCUUUUCCCUCCCUUGGGAUAACCACUGUCUCUAUCCAUGCUUUCACAAACUGUCUUAGUCAUCUAGUACUGCUAUAACAGAA